GAAUGCGAUCAAUAAUAUACGUAUGUUAUCAGCACAUCAUCCCACGUGCUGUGACAAACAGUGAUAUAGGGAUAUAUUUAGCAAUGGUCCUUUUCAAGAAAUGUAGUUUCGUUUUUCAAUUGUUAUCAUAAUGUAUAACAGUCUUUGAUGGACUAAACAACUCAGAGCAUAUCAGUAGAAUAGAAGUCUGAGAUGUAACAAACAGCAGCUAUGAAGUGCCCAAAUGCCGACUGUGGGACGGUGCAAAGUGAGGGGAAAUUCUGCAUCGAAUGUGGAACACAAUUUGAGCCAAGAAAAACAGAGCUUAUAAACUGUACUGGAAAAGAUGGCGAUGGUAAACCAUGCGACGCAGCUAUCAAAUCGAUUCAAAAGUUCUGUUUUAACUGUGGCAGAAAAGUUGACCCAAACGAGUUUAUUAUUGGGAGUUGCCAACAAUGUGGCGCAGAAUGUCCUGUUACCGAGAGGAUGUGCAAGGUGUGCUUAGAAACCGAGUCAACAGGCGAAGGGGACUCUGUAUCGAUAACAAUCACGCACACAGAACCAAACAGUGGCGAUGAUGACAUAUCAGUUAAUAAAAAUUCUGCUAUGGCUCAAAGUAAGGAAACGUCUGAUGCUCAGGAGGAUCAACCUCAAACAUCUUUUUUGGAGAGUAAUCCAGAAGAACAUUUGGAGAAUAAAUCAGAAGAACCCCUGCAAAGUACAACAAGUACGCGUCAUGAUGGACCUGAACCAGAGGUUAUUCAGGUGGAAAAGAGUGAUACCAUUAUAGAAAAUCAGAUACAGAAUGACAUUAGCAAGCUUGUUGCUAUAUCGGACAAUCCUGUAAAGAUUAUUGACGAUAAGGCAGAUGUUCAAGAACAAAAAACAAACUUGAGAGGUUACGGAAAGUAUCCCAUUCUACGAUCAAUCUCGUUAGCAUCGGGUAAUGCUGCACCCUCUUUACAGCCACCAACUUCAGAAAUCAAAGAUGAAAAUUCCUACAAGAUUGAAACUGAAGUAAAUACUGACAGUGUUACUGACUUCGCUUCAGGAAAUGAUGAAAAUACAUCAAAGACAUCACAAAUGGGAACAUUUGAUAAUACCAUGGAUCCUUCCUACCAAUCUUAUGUUUCAAAAAGCAGGAGUGAUAACGACAAUAUUGUACUUGAUCGCGCAGAUGACAAGCAACAGUUAAACUUAGAUGAUGAAACUGCUGCUAGUGUUAUGUCUGAACGAAGUGAGAGUAUUAAUUCGGAUGAUGAUGAGUCUGGUUCGGAUUUUGAUGAGAAUGAGGAACAAGUUAUUGAUAAAAACAGCCAACACGAUACAAAAUCUAUUGUAAAAGGAAAACGAACAAGAAUUAGGAAACACACAAAUAACCCAGCGGGCUCAAAAGCAAAGAGACGACUUAAACAUGAGAAAAAAUCCGAACAAUUGCGUGCUAAACAGGAACAAACACACCACGUUAAGGAAGGAAAAGAUGAUUAUCAACCUAAAGAUUCUACAUCAAAUGACUCUUCACAAAAUAAAACUGUUCCAAAGAAGGUUUUUGGGAUGGAGAAAGACGCUACAUUGGCAGGAAAAACAAGUACUGAUGAUGAUACAGGGGAAGUCCAAACUGAACUAAAAAGUGUCGCUUUGUUGUUCAUUGAAAAUGAGAAAAAACUUACACAGACUUCAACACAUGCUCAUUCAGCAACUCAAAACACAAACAUUGCAAAUGUGAACUAUUCUGUGCAAACCAAGAAAACAACUUCUGGCAGUUCUGAACAAAAAAGUAUGACGGACAAUAAUAAAACUCGGAAGAACCAAUCACAAGAAUGCGUUGAUAUGAAGACUCAACAGCCGACGCUGCCAGCAGAUAACUCGAGGGACAUGGUCACAGUUAUUUUUCACGCUCUGGUUGCUAAGAAGAUGCUGGCAAAUGGAGGGAAAGUGGUUUUGGUAUUUGAUUUAGAUGAAUGGAAGACUAAUACACAGGAAGCUAAUAAAGGAAGAGAAUUUGGAAAGUUUGUUGAAUAUACAUACGUGCGACAGAUUCACAAAAGCAAUUUGACUAAGGGAGUCCAAUACAAAUAUUGUAUUGUUUUGAGUGAAACAAAUGUCGUGUUUGAAGAUUAUUUCAUUCAUAGAACAAUGAAUAAAGCAGAUAACAGAAAAGUCGUUCUGCCAAACGGACAGCAAGUACAAACCUGGCACCAAUAUGAUGGCAUGGUAAUUAAAGCAAACGACAAAGGCCUUUUGAAAAAGUUUUGGGACUUCCUUCGAGACAAAGUGAAGAAAACCUGUGAAAAGCAUCUGAAGCUUUUUGUUAGUGCGUUUGCGCCCCUUUGGUUCAGACCAGAAGCAGAUAUGAACUCGUUAUCAGAAACUUUUCGAGAAUCACUCGAGAGCCUUGAUGCUAUUAUUGGGGGUUUACGGAAGGUUUAUCGGUAUGAUGCGAACUUAUUUGACAAUGAUCAACGUUUUCUCAAACAGAUUGCAGAUGUUCUGUUCGACCCAAUAUUGAAAAGUUUGCAGAAAAACCCUACUCAUGGACAACGGGUUACACACGCAAUGGUUAUAGCAAUCGUCUGUCACAGAUUGCAAGUUGUUUUGUCGCAUGAACAUUGGCAGCUCAUUUGUAGAUGCAUGCAUGUGAAUCCAGAUCCACAUAAAAAGACAUGCCAUGAAUUAUUGGAGUUGAAAACAUCUUUCCAAAAUGAGUAUGUGUUAGCCAUUGUGUUCAUAUUGUUUGCGAUUAAAAAGUACACUAAAAAAUGA